ACGACUCCUCUCUUAUGGAAAUGGGGCCUGAUUCCGGAACCCAUUUAUGCUCAACGUAGAUCUUAUCUCUAUAAAUCAGAAAUCAGAUCUUCACUUUGGAGACACUCACUUAGAUCUUCUUGAGCUGUGUUACGAGAUGGCAAUGGUGUUAGAGUUUUUCGUAGAAAGGUUCCUCCUAAAGAUAACCAACUUCGCGGCGGGAGAGAUAUGCAAAGUGCUAUGCGUGAGGGAGGAGGUCGAAACUCUGGAGAGAAGGUUGGCGAGGAUCAAAGGCUUUCUUCUCACUGCAGAGCAAAGGAGGCAUGUAGAUCCGGCAACGGACACCAGGGUGAGGGAGUUGAAGGAUGUCAUGUACGACGCGGAUGAUAUCAUCGAUCUUUGCAUCAUCGAAGGUGGCAGCUUGCUGAAGAGUCGGGCAUCGACGACUUUUGCGGUAUGCAAUCCUUCCAGCUCGCAAAGUUCGUCUUACUUUGGAUCUAUCAAACACCGCUAUGAAAUCAGUGGUAGAAUAAAAAGACUUAAUGAUAGACUGAAAGAGAUAACGGAAGAUAGAUCUACAAUACCUGAUAUCUCCUGGGACACCUUCCAUAGAGGUUAA